AUGAUAGAGGAGAGGGGGUGGAGGCGUGUCGGGGGCGGGCUGUGCGCUCCGGACUCCGGGAGCCCUAAAAAGUGAAGAACCGCACACUUCCACCCCCAGCUCCGGACGGGACUCCCACGCUGCUGCUGCUGUCUCCCCUCCAAACUUCUUCUCACAACUUUCCAUAACUCGUCACGUGCGCGAGGCUCCGCGCCCGGCUGAUGGACUUGGAUCCUGGAGCGCGUUUAGCGGCGCUUUAUUGGAACUGGUCACGCCUGUAGUUAGUGUGGAUUACUGAGUCACCGCGGGACCCUGGGCAGCUGUUUACUGGGGUUUCCAGCGCCUUUUCUGCAGAGGUCUGAGCCGAAAUGGGGAGCAAAGCCCUGCACGCUCCGAUCCCCCUGCACCCAGCCCUGCAGCUCACCAACUACUCCUUCUUGCAAGCCGUCAACACUUUCCCCGCCGACCAGCUGCAGGGGCUGUACGGCCUCAGCGCGGUGCAGACCAUGCACAUGAACCACUGGACGCUUGGCUAUCCGCACAUGCAAGGACUGAGGUCAACGAUCACGGCGGCCGCCCAGGGUCUGGUGGACCCCAGGAUCCCCUUCCCGGCGUUGCCUUUCACAGCCGCCGCGCAGCUCUUCCACCCGAAACAAGCCUCCGUGACGCACGGCAUGCCCUUGUUGCACAAGGACAGACCCAGGUUUGACUUUGCCAACCUGGCGCUCGCCGCCACUCAGGAGGACCCGCCAAAGGCUGCGGAUCUGGCGAAGCUGGCCUCGGGACUCGGGGGGACCAUCUCCGAGCUGAGCAAGCUGUCCCCGGACAGAAAGCCCACGCGGGGCAGGCUCCCGUCCAAAACCAAAAAGGAAUUUAUUUGCAAGUUUUGCGGGAGGCAUUUCACCAAGUCCUACAACCUCCUGAUUCACGAACGGACCCACACGGACGAGCGGCCCUACACCUGCGACAUCUGCCACAAGGCCUUCCGAAGACAGGACCACCUGAGAGACCACAGAUACAUCCACUCCAAGGAAAAACCCUUCAAAUGUCAAGAAUGUGGGAAAGGCUUCUGUCAGUCUCGAACUCUAGCCGUGCAUAAAACCUUACACAUGCAGGAGUCUCCCCACAAAUGCCCCACAUGCGGAAGAACCUUUAAUCAAAGAAGUAACCUGAAAACUCACCUUCUCACCCAUACAGACAUCAAGCCCUACAGCUGUGGCCGCUGCGGAAAGGUGUUUCGGCGCAACUGUGACCUGCGACGGCACAGUUUGACGCACAGCCCGCAUCAGGACCACUAGCCCGGACACUUACUAAAUAAAUCAGAGACACGGACAGUGGGACAAAUCAGUCUCCAAAAAGACUGCUUUCCUCAGGAGGACACGUUUACGUCAGGACAUUUUUACCGAGGGAUUAGUUUGCGCUGCAGCGAGGAGGAGGAGGAGGUCCAUCCUCAUCCUCACCUGUAAAUAUGAAGAUCAUGUACAAAAAGUUUUAUUAUGAUGGUCUGUGAUUUGGAAGGUGAUGAAUAUGGGGCGGGGAGAAUGUCAUAAGUUUAUGUUAAAUUGUAUUUUAGAAAUAAAUAUUUCCACGACACA